AUGGGGGGUACCGGUCCCCCACAGGGUCAAACUGAGCAGUGUGAGCGACCACUAAGCCCGGCGUUCUUGGCUGAGGGCCUUCUGCUGCUACUUUCCGACUCUCCAGAUCCCAACGAACCCCUGCCCUUGAGUCCGCCAAAGCCUCUAGCGCAACGACCACCCCCGCGAGCCGUUGAAAAACAGCAGCGCUCAAGGGCGCCAACUGUCGUCGCCACCCCAGAAGAAGGAUCUGUGAGCGAUGCAUUCGCGCCCGGAGAUCUGAAGAAACUACCGACAGAGAGACCCAAGCGCACCCAGCCUGAGCCCGAGGAGACGCCGCCGACACCACCACCCGCCGUCGAGAGCACACCAAAAAAAGCCCCAAGGGAUGUUUCCAUAAAGUCCACCCUGCUAGCCGACAACUCGAACGAAUUUGAGCCGACAGAGAUGGUCCUAUUAAGAGACUUGCCUUAUACACUCCAAGGGCUGUCCAAACUUUGUCAAGUCUCAAGCAAAGGGUCUGACUUGGGCAGAGCUUACGAGCUGCCAUUAACAAUGAGCUCCGGAACGUACCUAACCCUUGUUGCGACCCUCGAAGCGCAAAUACGAAGAGCACUCUCGGUCAUCGAUGAGUCUGCCCCCCGCGGUGGUAUUGGCAAGGUCGGCGUGACCCUAAAACGCUGUGUCGUGUGGACUCGCGAGGCGACCAUGGGCUUGCGAUUGAUGUCGCUGAUCGCGGAAGAAAGCAAGACCAAGCACGGCGGGCAGAUCAUCAGCAUGAUACACGGGUUCUCUACCUCUCACGGCGAUCCCGUAGUGGCAGCAUUUGCAGAGCGCCUUCUGGCAGACGUAACACGGCCAUUCUACGACAUCCUCCGACGUUGGGUUUACGACGGAGAGCUAUCAGACCCGCACCUAGAGUUCUUUGUGAGGGAGCAGAGCCCCAACGACGAAGACCACAUGGAGUCCAAGGCUAAGGGCCAUGCCAGUGUCUGGAACUCAAAGUACGAAGUAGUGGAUCGCAUGGUCCCCAGCAUCACCACAGCCGACUUCGCCCAGAAGGUCUUUCUAAUCGGAAAGUCGCUCAACUUCAUCCGACACAGCUGCGGUGAUAGUCAAUGGGUCGAUGCUUAUAGCAAGACGUCUUCCAAGCCGUUGAGCUACGGCGACACUGCGACACUCGAAACCUGGAUUGAUGAAGCAUACAAGACAACCAUGCGGCGGGCGACUUUAUUGCCCUCCUCAUGGAAUGAUCGUCCACGCCCCUCGAUCGGCCUUGCUCGUCAUAAUGUCACCGCCAAUCGCUUCCAGUUGCCGGCGGAACACGCGUUCGGCGACUCCAACGCCCAGUACGACAGCGAGGAAGUCCUCAGGCGGCUCGAUGCCCGCAUGCUCCAGCUCAGCCACGGCGACAUCGGCUGGGACUGCUUCACGCUCGAGUACAAGAUCGACGCCCCCGUAGACGUGGUUGUGACCGAAUGGGGUAACCGCCAAUACCUCAAGGUGUUCAACUUCCUCUGGCGCAUCAAGCGCGUCGAGUUCGCCCUGUCGUCGACUUGGCGCAAGUGCAUGACCGGUUCUCGCGGUGUUCUCCAGACCUCAGACGAAGAGGUCCUCCUGACCUGGAAGAGCACCCGCGGCGUGCUCGCCGAGAUGGUGCACUUCGUCGGCCAGCUGCAAUACUACAUCCUUUUCGAGGUGAUUGAAUCCAGCUGGACCGAGCUGCAAACCAACAUCCGCAAGGAAGACUGCACGCUCGACGACCUCAUCACCGCACACACAAAAUACCUGACCUCCAUCACCCACAAGGGCCUCCUCGGCGCCCGCCGCAGGCAAUACCACGACUCCCUCAAAGAAGCCGCCGCCCAACAGGACCCCAACUCCACCACCGCGAGCGCCGCCGCCUCCGAAGACCGCAACUCCUACAUGAUACAACUAAGCGAGCUCCUACGCACCAUGCUCGCGUACCGCGACUGCGUCGACGGGCUGUACAGCUGGUCCCUCUCGGACUUUACCCGCCGGCAGGAAGCCGACGCCGCCAGCAUGCUGCACAUGCGACCCAACAAGAAACCCAAGCUGUCCGGCCCCGGCACGGACCUCCCCCGUGACGAUCCCUUCAUCACCGGCGACGAAGACGACUCAACCGCCGGCGGCAUCGGGGCCGGCGGUGACAGCCUCCGGUCGGAGCUGCCCGCGCUGCAGGACCGUCUGCGCCAGCUCGGCGCCAGCUUCAAGGCCCGCUUGCAGAUCCUGCUUGGCGACUUGGCCUAUCAGCCGGAUGUGGAUAUGCGCUUCUUGGGUGUGUCGAUGAAUUUCAAUGAUGUGUAUCAGCCGGUGAAGCGGAAGAGGGCGGGGCCGGGGAGUGCGGGUGGAGGUGCCGCUGCUGCUCAGGGACAGACACAGGCGUCGGGGCAGGUUGCGGGGGGUGCGAAUAUCUCGAGGGUGUAG